AUGGCGGAUAAGAUGUCACUGAAAGAUAGCCUAAUAUCUCUUGCUACUAUUUCGUCUUCCAAGGGCACUUUGUCGCGCUAUUCACACGACUCUGCUUCUGGGUUUACUUCACGAGCCUCAGCGAGCUCAUACAGCGCAACUUCCGCUUCGAAUGGCAUCCACUUUGAGGACGUUCCGCGAUUGGUGAAAACUCCAUGGGAAGCCGAUCGAUCCAUGAGAGCAUCUAUGCCACGAAGCACGCGAAGACCUGCAGCCGGGCGUUCGAGCCUGCCGGAACGAAUCUUUCGCGAGCUUCCAGACGAAAUCUACGAGCGCAUUGUGACACGGUUGGAGCUCAACUACUUUUGCGACGCAUCGGGAACGUGCAUCAAUUGUUAUACGAGAGACCUGUACAACUUAUCGCUAACAAGCCGAGCGUGGUGCCGUGCCGCAAAACAGCAGUUGUACUCCAAGAUAUGGAUCUUGGCCGACUCGCACAACGGCUCGUCAGAGAUGCCGUGGCAUAAACUCAAGCUGCUGCGGAGGACAUUGAGGGAAAAUCCACUGCUGUCACGUUUUGUGAAAGAGAUGCAUUUUCCCGAUGCGCAGAUUGUGUACCAAGAAAGCCAGAUAAAAACCCGUCAAGCAAUCAUCAACACAUUGGCAUCUCUGGUAAUGGCAGCACCAAACCUGGAGAAGUUCUCAGGGCUUUAUCUGACCUACGACCACGUCUUUGACCGACUGACUCACGCGUUGUCAACUCGUGGAAAUUUAAAGGAAAAGACAUGGGUACUUCGAAGGUCUGACGUGGGCGUUGAUGAGGACGGUGUUUACUGGUCAAACCACGACGAAUUUGGGCAGGCCGACAACCACGAUGCAUUUCUUCGGAGUCACGAUAACUGGAAAAAUCUGGAGCUGCUCUGUCUGUUCGGUCAGACCACCGGGCGCAUGGACUACCGCUCCUUUGCUGCGACUUUCCGCAACCUUCCUUCGCUCAAACACCUUCUCAUCUCUGACUUUGAUUCAUCUCAAUUCAGCGACAGGACACUCUAUGCAAUUCCACCAUCGCUCCAGUCACUUCGUUUGCAGGAUAUCCCUGGUGUCACAGAGAAAGGAUUGGCACGUUAUUUCAACACGCCGGCAGCGAUAACACUUCGAAACUUGUCUUUGAUCAAACUGGAGAUUGCAAGCGCUCUUCUAAUUUCCAACAUCCUCGCUAAGUGCACGAAUCUUAAACGAUUCACACUUGCGCAAGACGUCUCGCCCGCCCUUCCCCUAGGCAGCGACCCUCCGCAUGAAGAUGGCAUACUCUAUGCCAGCAACAGCCUGGAGUAUCUGCAUUGGGAUACCAUUGCGUAUGGACCUUCUAUUCAAGACCUUGCAAACAGCAUUGCUGGGCAUGCGUUUCCCAAGCUCAAGGUGUUACGUGCUCCUUCGGACGACGGUGGCGUUCUACAACGCCUUUGCGCUCCACAGCCUGGCUGGUCUCCGGAUUCUCCGAACUCGGAUGAGGAAGAAAAUCCGUUCAACCACUGGAGUCUUCCGAGCGCGCAGCGUGAGGCUCAACGAAGGAAAACGGCGGCUUCUCAGGACCCCUUCAUCACAAUCGUGGUCUCUGACGAGGAAGGCAACGUGCAACACACUUACGUGCUGCGGACGUACAUGGGCACACUCGACUCCACUAUAAGAUAUAGCCUAGACCCGGAUGUGCAAGGCAGCAACGACUUUAUCGCGGGCUUGAACGACCUGUUGAUCACCCGGGAGAUUGUUCUCGAUGGGGGAGAGAAGUACUGUUCGAAUGAACUUCAUAAGAGUGCAGGCGCUCGUGGUUCCUUUGAAAGCAGUAGCACCUCUAGCAGCGGGAACAGCCUUCGUAAUUUGGCGUUGGGCAGACGCCGCAGCAUAAAAAGCAAGAAGCCUGAUUUUUUUUACAAGGGGCACAAAACCAGGAAAAUCCUUGUCAGCCCAGAGAUGCGCGUUUUCUUUUGA